AUGGCAAAGAAUCCUCAUUCAAGCUCUCCUCUCUCAUCGAGCUUUGCAACAUUGGUCCAACGAACAUUGGAUCGAUGGCACGUACCUGGAAUGGCUAUCGCCGUGGUGGAUGGUGAAGACACAUGGGCGGAAGGUUACGGAUUUGCGAGUAUGCCUUCCACGCCAGUCACCCCCUCGACUCUCUUCUACGCGGGCAGUACGACCAAAGCCUUCACCGCGGCUAUGCUAGCCAAACUUGCUGAGGAUCCCGCGACAAAGAUCCGAUGGGACACACCCAUCAGCCAACUACUUCCCGGGGACUUUGCUUUACAUGAUAAAUGUGCCGGGGACCAGAUUACCGUUGAAGAUGCGCUGUCACAUCGGACGGGGCUCCCGUCUCACGACCACGCCAGCUCUCGCACCAGCGUCCGCGAGAACGUCCGUCGGCUCGCCCACCUUCCGCUGACAGCCAAGAUUCGUACUCGAUAUCAAUACAACAAUCUCAUGUACGUGGUGGCCUCGCAUAUUAUCGAGACUGAGACGGGCCAAUGGCUGGGCGACUGUCUGGCCCGCUCUUUCUGGAGGCCACUCGGGAUGACCGACACUUACUUCGCCUUGGAUGAUGCGCGAGCGGCCCCCGUAACCCUGGCCCAUGGCUACUGCUACUCCACCCAUGGCGACGAAACCGUCAAUGAGAAAAGCUACCACGAAGUAGACUGGAUGCCAGUGGAGGAGCUCUCCGGUGCCGGGGCGAUCAUCACUAACGUCCUCGAUUACGCCAAGUGGGUGCGUGCUUUACUCCACCCGCAAACGUUGGCCGAGAAGCAUAUCUUUCGGAGUCCAGAGACGGUGCACCAACUAUGGCAGCCGCGGACCCUGAUGCCAGCGGAGGGCCCCUUCACGGGUCCCAGGGCGUAUGCUCUAGGCUGGAGGACGGGAGUCUACCAGGGGGUUCAGAUCUAUGAGCAUAGCGGUGGCAUGAAUGCAUUCGGCGCGCAGCUUCUUCUCAUCCCCGAAUUCCAGUUUGGCGUUAUCAUAUUGGCGAAUACAGCGCAGACCUCCAAUUUCGCCGCCCAGUUCCUCGCGUAUCAUCUUCUCGACGAACGGCUCGGGGUCCCCGGGCAGCAGAGGUUCGAUUGGGAUCGGAGAAACUGGUCACUGAUCGAGCAAGAAAAACAACGGGCGGCGGACAAAAUCAACUAUCGUCCACCGAUUGUUCUUCCGCUCAUGUUACCAUUGGACGAAUAUGCUGGCACGUACACUCACGCGGGUUAUAAGGAUGUCACUGUGUACUUAGACAGCGAAGGUGUCUUGCGCGCCGAUCGGAAGGACAUGACAUGGCCAGAAGCGAUCACGUUCCAGCAUGUGACUGGGGAGCAUUUCUUGAUGCUUUCGGCACACCACGACGAUUUUGGGGCUUUUUGCCCCGAGGUCUACGAGGCUGAGUUUCGACUUAGCGUUGAAGGAAAGCCCUGGACCUUGGGGAUUGCCUGGGAGAGAGAAAUGGAAGGUGAAAAGAUUUGGUUUGUGAGGAACUAG